AAGCAUAUUCAGGGCAUCAUGCAAACUCUUUACCCAGGAUAUAGCUGUUGUAGUUUUGGUGAUCAGUCUGCCACUGUUGUGCUCUGAGUAAAUUGUGCUUCUCAAGUGAGAGUCAGAACUAGUUUAACUAUUUAACUACAAACAGAGGAGGAUGUUUGCUCUGGGGUUUCACUAUCUAGAAGACUGAGGGUCAGGUUAGAGGAGGGUGUUUUCUGUGGGGUCUUUAUGUAGGAGAGUGUUGGUGACUGGACUGAGUAGUCAGUAACCACACCCACAGCUUUUAAAUACGAGCUAGAGAGAGGGGACUGGUAGGAGCCUGGACUGGACUGACUAGUCAGGAACCACACCCACAGCUUUUAAAUACGGGCUUGUAAAAGAACCCUCUCACACACACACCUGCAACACCAGGGUGGGUCUGGAACAGAGGAAUAGAGAUUAACUUAACAUUGGUCUGUCAUAUCCCAUCUUUCCUGUCUGUUGGAAGGUUAGAAGAUGGCUGUGAAUAAGUGUAUCAAGUACUUGCUCUUCCUCUUCAAUCUACUGUUCUGGAUCAGUGGCUGCAUUAUUCUUGGUGUCUCCAUCUACCUCAAAGUGAGCAAGAAUGGAAACGUGAUAAUGGAUGAGGCAGUGCCGUUUGUAGACCUGCUGAUAGCUGUUGGCGUCAUCAUCAUGGUACUGGGCUUCCUGGGCUGCUGUGGAGCCAUUAAGGAAAACCGAUGCAUGCUCAUUCUGUUCUUCAUCGGGCUGCUCCUCAUCUUCAUCCUCCUGUUGAUCGCCGGAAUCCUGGGAGCUGUCGGAGAGAAGAAGUCUCAGGUGUGGGUGAAGGAGAGUCUGGCGAAGCUGCUACCACUGAGUGACCAGAAGCCUGAAGUUCAAACAGACUUACAGAAACUGGAAGUGGAGGCAAAGUGCUGUGGACUGAUCAACGGACCCUCUGACUGGGGCUCCACUGUCCCCAGCUCUUGUGACUGUGUUGACCCUGCUCAGGCGUGCCAAAGUGCAAAUGGACGCCAAGUGUACUCAACGCCUUGUGUCAAGUUUGUGACUUCCUUCAUGGAGAAGAACGCAGUCAUCGCGCUGGGGAUUGCAUUUGGUAUCGCAGUCUUGAUGCUCUUUGGAAUGGCCUUCGCCAUGACCCUGUACUGCCAGAUUGGGAAGAGGGACGCCAACACUGCCUAAUGCAGCUACACGUGAUGCACUUGAUCUGGGGUUGUGGUCAAGGUGAAUUAGAAGUCAUCAAUUCAGGAAGUCAACUGAAAUUCCAAUACAAUAAAUUAUUAUUAUUUUUUUCAAUGAUUUCUCAAACUGAAAAGCAGACGUUAUUUAUUCCAAGUUUUUACAUUCGCAAUAUUAAAUACAAUUCACUUCCUCAAUUGACUGACUUCAAUUCAAAUUGACCCCAAUCAUGACUUGAUCAAAAGCUGGCUUUGACAUAUCCCAUACAACAAUGCUGCUUGCAACAUGUACUUGAUACUGAACGUCGGGGUUCAGAUCUCAUCCAAUCAGAAAGUACACUGAAACUCCAGUUCUCUUCAAUCAGGAACAUUUGGAAUUAGGUUUGCUUUGUGAAUUGACUGGA